CCUUUGCUUGCUCGGUAGAAGUGUAGAAGCGAGUAGGGAGUGGAGUUGCUUCUGCUUUUGACUCGCCUUCGCGUUGGAGGCUCAAACUCCUUAAAAGCUCUUGCAUUCCUCCCCAAAGUUGCGAGCUUGAGCCGCUUCUCUCCUCCUCUCGAGUCUCUCCGUCGCCACGCCGCUCGGCGUUGCUUGUUUACAAGAGCUGUGAUCUUUUCUUGUGUUCUUACUGGUGCUUGGCCAAGAAGGGGGCGGAAAGGCAUCGGCUUUGUCGCUUCUUUGCUGUGGAAAAUUAAGGCGCGGGAAGCAGCGGUAAUGGCAGGACUUGGUGUUCUUGGCGGCGUGCGGGCUAGUAUCAGCUUGGAGACCACGUGCGGCACUUUGCUCCAGGAACUUGAGAAAAUAUGGACUGAGAUUGGGGAGAGUGAAGAGGAGAAGGAUCUGAUGCUGUUGGAGUUGGAAAAAGAGUGCAUGAAAGUGUACCAGACGAAGGUGGAUGAAGCCCGGAUUGAACGUGCGCGCCUCCAUCAAUCUUUGGUUGCCAAAGAAGCGGAGCUUGCAUCCCUCAUGGUAUCACUUGGAGAACAAAGUCUGCAUCUAAAGAUAGGAAAUCCUACAUCGCUGAAGGAAAAACUUGGUCUACUUACCCCACUUCUGAAAGAUCUCAGAGAAAAGAAAGAGGAUAGGAUCAAACAGCUUUCAGAUUUAUCAUCUCAGAUUGAGAAGCUCAACGCAGAGAUUGCAGGAUUUAGUCACCAUGAUAAUGCUUCGGAUAACGCUGUCAAGAUUGAAGAACAUGAUUUGUCGACAAGGAAACUAACCGAGUAUCAAGCAAAGCUACGGAAUCUCCAGAAAGAGAAGUCUGAUAGGCUUCACAAAGUGAUGGAACAUGUAAAUGAGGUGCAUUCUUUGUGCGGUGUGCUUGGGGAGGACUUCAAGGUGAUAGUGGAACAAGUGCACCCAAGUCUACAUGAGAUUUGCAUAGAGCAGCCCACUAAUAUUAGUGAUAGAACAAUAAAGGGUCUAUCAGAAGCCAUUCUUAAACUUAAAAACGAAAAAAAGAUUCGCACUCAAAAGUUGCAAGAUGCUGCUAAAACACUUAUAGAAUUGUGGAACCUUAUGGAUUCAUCUGAAGAAGAGCGAAGGCCUUUCAAAGUAAUAACGAACAUGCACGGAUCUUCUGAAGUAGAUGCUACGUGCUCGGGUGUGCUCUCAAUUGAAACAAUCAAGCAGAUAGAAACCGAGGUUGAAAGGCUUAAACAACUAAAAGUUGGUAGAAUGAAAGAACUCGUCUUAAAGAAGAGGUCAGAACUAGAAGAGAUAUGCAUAAACACACACAUUGAACCAGAUGUGAGCACGGCACCUGAGAAAAUCUGCGCACUGCUAGAUUCUUGUCUUGUUGAUCCUUCAGAACUCCUGGUGAACAUUGAGACACAAAUUACAAAAGCUAAAGAAGAAUUUAUGAUCAGGAAAGAAAUCAUUGACAGAGUAAACAAAUGGCUGUUGACUUGUGAAGAAGAAGACUGGCUUGAAGAAUACAACAAAGACGCCAACAAGUACAGUGCUGGAAGAGGUGCUCAUUUGAAUCUAAAACGGGCAGAGAAGGCAAGAGUCACCAUCAGCAAAAUUCCAGCUAUCAUGGACAAUCUAAUGAACAAAGUUUUUGCUUGGGAGGAUGAGCGACAUACAACAUUCCUAUAUGAUGGGGUUCGCCUAGUGUCCAUUCUUGAAGAAUAUAAACUUAAAAGACAGCAAAAGGAAGAGGAAAAACGACGAUACAGGGAGCACAAAAAGUUGCAAAAUCUGCUUCUCACUGAAAAGGAGGCAGUUUACGGAUCCAAACCAACUCCAAAACGCAGUAAUAGUUUGAGAAAGAAUGUAAAUGGCAAUGGCUUCAUGACUCCUUCACCCCGGCGGAUUUCUGUUGGCAGCGCAACUCCUGAGCUGCUCACACCCCGCUCACACUCAGGGCGUUACAAUAGCUACUUCAAGGAGACGCGACGGCUAUCCACAGCUCCAUUGAAUUUCGUUGCCAUCUCUAAAGAUGAUGCAGUAUCUUCAUUUGCAUCAGCCAUGGGUUCAGUUACCGGGUCCCCACCUUGCAACUAGCCCAAGGAAGAAAGCUGCUUGGCUUUGCUUUGUCACAGCGUUUGGAUUAGAGCUAAUGACUUCAUUUGUAUUUUCUUACAGUAGGUUUGCUUUAUUAAGAUUAGUUGAGAUUCAAGGUCGGUUGGUUGUAAAAUUUACUGGUUAGAAUGUGGAUAUAGGAACUAACUUUGAAGUAUUCGUUAAUCUUUGUGGCUGUUGGUGGGGAACAUUCAUGUAUGUAGAUAGUUGUUUAGAUUCGACAUUCACAACAUCAAUGCUCCUCGCCUCUGAUAGUUUUCUGUUA